AAUAGAAGGCCUUACUGCAGCACGACGAGGCGGGGUCAAAAACCCUAGAUAUUUAUCAACACGCACACCCACACAAAAACACACACAGUAAUCUCUACCUUCUGUUCGCUAGAUUCGUAUCCCUUAGCAGUUUACUCCCGAGUGUUUUGUCCAUAUUUUGUAAUGGCUGGUCGACGGGAUAGCUAUGGGAAGCGGUCUCAUUCUCAGUCAGACUAUAAUGAAAAUGGGGGAAAUAAAAGGAGAAGUACUAGAAACGAUAAGGAUCCUUUCUCUAUUGGCCCGGAUGAUACAGUAUACCGGUACUUGUGCCCAAUAAAGAAGAUUGGCAGUAUCAUAGGUAAAGGAGGGGAAAUUGUUAAACAAUUAAGGGUGGACACUAAAUCAAAAAUCAGAAUUGGAGAGACAGUACCUGACUGUGAUGAACGCGUUGUCACCAUCUACAGCUCAAGUGAAGAAACAAAUGAGUUUGAUGGCACUGAAGAUCGUGUUUGUCCAUCUCAGGAUGCCCUUUUCAGAGUAUAUGAUAAAAUUGUUAAUGAUGACACUAUGGACGAGGACUCUGAGGAAGCACCACAGGUUACUGUUAAGCUUCUAGUACCUUCAGAUCAGGUUGGAUGUAUUAUCGGGAAAGGGGGACAGAUAGUUCAGGACAUUCGAAGUGAAACUGGUGCGCAGAUUCGUAUUUUGAAAGAUAAGCAUUUGCCUGCAUGCGCAUUGAGCUCAGAUGAACUUGUGCAGAUAUCUGGUGAAGUUGCUGUAGUGAGGAAGGCUCUCUAUGAAAUUGCAACUCGUCUUCACAAUAAUCCAUCCCGUUCUCAACACAUGCUAGCCUCCGAUGCACCAAAUGUCUACUCAUCGAGCAGUUCACUUAUAGCUCCUGCUGGUGGUGCUCCAAUAGUGGGAAUAGCUCCACUAGUGGGGCCGUAUGGGGGUUACAAAGGGGAGAGUGGUGACUGGUCGAGGUCUUUCUACUCAGCUCCAAGGGAUGAAUCAUCUUCAAAGGAAUUUUCUCUUCGUUUAGUGUGUCCAUCUGCAAAUAUCGGAGGUGUUAUUGGCAAAGGUGGUGUCAUAAUAAACCAAAUUAGACAAGAAUCUGGUGCAGUGAUCAAGGUUAAUAGUUCUAAUACUGAAGGCGACAAUUGUGUGAUUUCUAUUUCCGCAAAAGAGUUUUUUGAGGACACAUAUUCUCCCACAAUUGAAGCAGCAUUGCGCUUGCAACCAAGGUGCCGUGAGGAAGUGGAACGGGAUUCAGGUCUUAUAUCAUACACCACAAAGUUGCUGGUUCCAGCAUCUCGAAUUGGCUGUCUUAUUGGGAAAGGAGGAUCCAUAAUUAAUGAGAUGAGGAAAAUCACGAAAGCUAAUAUUCGUAUUCUCUCGAAGGAAGACCUUCCGAAGGUUGCAGCUGAAGAUGAGGAGAUGGUACAGAUAUCAGGAGAUCUUGACGUGGCAAAGGAUGCACUCGUACAAGUAACUUCACGUUUAAGGGCAAAUCUUUUUGAAAAAGAGGGGCCCAUGUCUGCCUUCGUGCCAGUUCUUCCCUACCUCCCCAUGUCAACGGAUUCAGAUACAUUGAAAUAUGAAAACAGAGAUACUAGGAGACAUGCCCGUGAACAUUCCUACCCAACUGGGUAUGGUGGUACUAGUGAUCUUCCACAUGCUGAUGGUUUUGGAAGUUAUGGUACUCUCCAGAGUAGUAGUAGUAUAGGGUAUGGGGCAUAUGAAGGAUAUUCUCCUGCUUAUCCAAAAGAAGGAUAUUCCCCUGCUUAUCCAAAAGAAGGAUAUGGGCGUUCCAGUGGAUCUGGGUCAUCAAGGCAAAACUCUGCCUCCCGGAGAAAAAGUUAUGGUUAUUAGAGCUUGUAACAGGACCACAGAGGAUGUCGUGGCUAUGGAAUGUGCAUACAGCUUAAGCUACAUGGGUGCCUGCAGUUCUCUGUAGACACUGGAUCUUCAUUGCUGUGAUUAGUAGUGCUAUAUGUAUCAGUAAUGCUAAAACACAGUGAUAUUCACUGCCAAUCAAUGUGGAAUCUGAUAGCUUUUGGGAGUACUGGUUGGAAUUAACUGAAGCAGGUAUAUAUCUGAUGGUAAGUCUCAAUAUUCUUUUUUAUGCAUGCUUACUUUUGUUAUAUGAUUUAUGUGCAAGUGCUGAUAUUAUUGCAAUGAAUCAGCAUGUUUGGUGGAAUUUACUCAUGUAUGCAAAAGUAGGUACUCAUAUUUUCUCUGCAUUUGUUUGACGCUAAUGUUGUUUCAAAAGUGUCUGCUCCCAUCUGAAGUUAAACCAUCUCUUCUUUGUUCUCUUUCAUACUGUUUUUGGAUACAGUUAGUAUGCUUCAUUUGCUGAUGCCUUUAUUAUUGCUCCUAUCAUGCAAUGCUCCAUUGUUUGUCCUUUCUUCUUGAGAGUGGUGGGGUUUGAGUUGGAGGGUUGGCUAUGUCUUGAAGAAGGGUGGUUGAAUGAUAUGGGAGGAUACUUGUUUACAAAGACAAUCAAUCAUGGAGUGUGAGAAGUCGAUCUUGAGUUGAGUUGAUCUCAUACAAGUAGUUGCACCAAGUUGAGGCUUUAGUAGGAGAUUGAUUUCCUACAACUAUUCAUGCGAAGUUAGAAGUUGCUCUCCUAUUGCAUAGAAUAUAAAAGUUCUAUAUAAUUUGU